AUGACCGGCUCGGGUGAAAAAGUUUCAACAACAACGACACCUACGAUCACACCGUGGAGUUUUAGUUCUAUUCUUAAUGGAAUAUCAGAGUAUAGAAAGAAACUUAACUUGCCCAACCCGGGCACUUUUGAAGGUCUUCAUAAAGAGGUUAAAGCCACGUUUCUGACGAAUCACUUGUUUGAUGGAGGUAGAGCUGAUGUUACAAAGGUUCUAUCGCAACAUCUUCAAGUGACUCAUUCGUUCUCAAUGGGUUCAACAAUAGCUCCUCCAAUGUAUAAUUUUGGGGCUGCUUUCAUUGGUAUUAAAUCUUUUCUUCAUGGUUCUAUUGAUACAGAAGGAAACUUGACAGCACGCAUGAAUUAUGCAUGGGAUGCAAAUAAUAUAACAAAACUUCAGGCUCAUAUAUCACCAUCACCAGGGCAUUCAAUGCUUCAAUUAGAACAAGAUUAUCAGGGAUCAGAUUAUUCUAUAAAUUGUAAAACUAUUAAUCCUUCGCCGGUUGAAAAUACUGGGAUUUUUAUUCUCAGUUACUUUCAAUCUGUAACACAAAAACUAGCAUUGGGAGUUGAAAAUGUAUAUCAGAAGCCAACUCCUGACAUUGAAGAAACCACCAGAUCUUUGGUAGCAAAGUAUACCGGGAAAGAUUGUAUUGCAACUUUGCAUUGGCAAGAAAUGGGUGCUUUUCAGGCAUCAUACUAUCAAAAGAUCAACGAAAAAGUAGACUUUGGAACAGAAUUACAAAUACUUACCGCAUCAGGCCGGAGAGAAGCGGUUUGCACAGUAGGUGGUAAAUUCGAUUUUCGAGCCGCUACUUUCAGAGGCCAGAUUGAUACAACGGGACGCGUUUCAGCCGUUAUAGAGCAAAAAAUCGCCCCGGGAUUCAGUUUUAUUAUCACCGGCGAUAUCGAACACAUGAAGAGCACAUCAAGAUUUGGUGUAGGAAUUCAAUUGGAGGCAUAG